AUGGCGGCGCAAAGCGUCAAGCUCAUCGACCUACAGUCACGCUUCCCGCAAGCCUUCGACCUCUUCUUCUUCCACCACAAGCGUGCCAGAGCUGAGCAAACAGGGUACGGCUCCGAAGCCGAGAGGUCCUCUAAUGAGCCAACCAAGCGUGCGAGCCGUGAAGAGUUUGACUCGCUAUCAGAGCGUGGUCGGAGUGCCUGGAUCGAGCUUCACAACAUUAUGGUGGAGAUCGACAAGGAAGAGCUCCUCGAACCAACAAUCACGGCCAAGUUCUUCUCCAAAGGUCGAGCUCAUUCGCCUGCAGUGUUGAACAGUCCAGACAAUAUGGUGGAUGGUGCUUCGAAUGCAUUGCCAAGCCUACCUUUGGAAUUGGAAGAGGAAAUGUCGACGCCUUCAGGAACAGUCCAGAGGCCGAUCAGGCAGCAGCCGCCUAUUCCAAAGCCGUUAUUGCCAACCAAGAAUCGCACAUUCAUCGUGGGCUACGAGAAGCUUGAUCAAGCCAGUCGCAUAUUCGUUGCCGUGAAUUGGGAAGCCAAGUCAGACAGCAACGAGUACAAGAAAGAUGCCUUAGUCCGUGCUUGCCAGAAGAGCAUUCCUGGAGGCAAGGAUACAGUGGUCUUCAACUCACGACAUUACUUCAAGAAGCGAAUAGUAGCUUUCACUUUCCUGGACAUCACAAUUGCACGACGAGCCGCCUACCAGACAUUCGUCUUCGGCAAGACCAACCCCAGAGCGAUCCCAUGGCCAGUAUCCGUGCCAACCGUCUUCAUGACCUUCGACAUGGUCCGAGACGGACCUCGUGUCGCACGCAAAGAUGCACUAUUCGCUGGCAUUCACAACGCCUUUCCGGAUCUUCGCAUUCAUUUCCGCAAGGAGAAGACACCGUCCAAGAGUGAUUCGACAAUGUGGCUUGUCUUGUUUGACGCAUCGCCAGGCUGCCUUCGCUUCUCGGUGACCGUGUUGCAGGAAGACAACGAGAGCUACAAGCCCGUCUGGUUCGAGCCUGUCGCACCGGAACGUGCCUGUCCCGUCUGUACCGACCCUCACCCUGCGCAGCAGUGCGAAGGCUUGCAGGCGGUUUCGUACAAAGAACUGAAGAUCUCAAAGCAUCACGAGCAGUACAUGAACAAGCUGCUGUAG